CACACGUUGUUUCCUCUCUUCAGUCGGGGCGAACCGGCAGACAUGUGUUAUUUAUCGUGGAGCUGCGAGGGGAGACGGACGCUGGAGGUCUGAGCCGCUCCUUCUCCAACUCCGGCACCAACUCGUUUGUGUCUGGCGGGUUAUAGGAACUAUAGGGGUUGAAGAGGGGGGUGGUGGGUUGGCAUGGCGAGUCCGCCGAGCGCCGAGCCCUUAUUAUUAAUGGCCAACGUGAAGAAAUGUGGAUAUCUGAAGAAGCAGAAGCACGGACACCGGCGCUUCUUCGUGCUGCGCGAGCCGGGCGAGGGCGGCGCGCCCGCGCGUCUGGAGUACUACGAGAGCGAGAAGAAAUGGAGGAACAAGUCCUCCGCCAAGAGGGUGAUCCCCCUGGACUGCUGCCUCAACGUCAACAAGAGGGUGGACGCCAAGCACAAGUACCUGAUCGCGCUGUACACCAAGGACGAGUACUUCGCCGUGGCGGCGGAGCAGGAGCAGGAGCAGGAGAGCUGGUUCCUGGCGCUCACCGACCUGCUCCAGUGCGCGCAGCCCGGUGGCUCCGGCUCUGCGUCCUCGCUGCUCGACCGCCUCGACGAGGCCAGCUACGGAAUAAUCAGCUACCGGGAGGUGUGGCAGGUCACCCUCAAGUCCCGGGGUCUGGGCCAGAGCCGGAACCUGACCGGCGUGUACCGGCUGUGCCUCUCCAGCCGCAGCAUCAGCUUCGUGAAGCUGAACCAGGACGCGGCGUGCGCGCAGCUGCAGCUGAUGAACGUUCGCCGCUGCGGCCACUCCGACAGCUUCUUCUUCAUCGAGGUGGGCCGCUCGGCCGCCAUCGGUCCCGGGGAGCUGUGGAUGCAGGCGGAUGAUGCAGUAGUGGCGCAAAAUAUCCAUGAAACCAUCUUAGAGGCCAUGAAGGCCAUGAAGGAGCUGUCGGAGUUCCGGCCGCGCAGCAAGAGCCAGUCGUCCGGCAGCAACCCCAUCUCCGUGCCGGCGCGCCGCCACCUGCACCACCUGCCCCACCUGCCCCCCAGCCAGACCGGCCUGCCCCGCCGCUCCCGCACCGACAGCAUGGCCGCCACCUCCCCCACCGUGGGGAAGUGCUCGUCGUGCCGGAUACGCACGGCCAGCGAGGGGGACGGCACCAUGACGCGCCCCGCGUCGGUGUCGGGGAGCCCCCUGAGCCCCCUGAGCCCGGGGCCCCCCCGCACCCUGCUCAGCAGGUCCCACACCAUCACCGCACGGCCCUCGCUCACCUUCCAGUCCUCCAGCCUGCAGCACAGCAAGUCCAUGUCCACGUCCCUGUCCCACUCCCCCCCCCCAGCGGGCACCCCGGGGUGCCCCGACAUUGGCGCCCCCCGCCCUUCCAGCUGCAGUGCGUCUUUCUCAGGCUCCCCCAGCGACGCGGGCUUCAUGUCGUGUGAGGAGUACGGCUCCAGCCCUGCUGACCUCAGGUUACCCCUCACCCUCCGCAGCAACACCCCCGAGUCCCUGAGGGCCGACACCCCGCCCUCCAGGGACGGCAGCGAGCUGGACGGCUACAUGGUGAUGGAGAGGCAGAACGGCUUCCGGCGCCUGUCCGAGCUGGACAAGGUCUACCGGAAGCGCACGUACUCCCUCACCACGCCCCGCCAGCAGAGGCGCCCCCCCCAGGUGUCCUCGGCCUCCCUGGACGAGUACACCCUCAUGAGGGCCACCUACACCAGCGGGAGCCAGUCCUCUCUACGGUGUCGCACCGCCUCCCCUAAAGUGGGCGGACUGGACGACUACAGGGACGUUCACACCAGCUCCAACAGUCUCCACGGCGACAGUGGCUACAUGCCUAUGAUGCCCGGCGUGGCCCCCCAGACGCCCUUGGGGUCCAAGGAUGACCCGUACAUGCCCAUGAGCCCCAUGUGCGUGUCGGCUCCCAAGCAGAUCAUCAACCCUCGUUCGCACGGUUUCUCAGCGGGGCCGGCCCCCCGCACCGACUCCCCCGGGAGCAUCUCCCUAGAGGACAGCGGCUACAUGCCCAUGUGGUGUGGGAACAAGAUGUCGGUGGAGAGCACCGACGGAAAGCCCAACAAUGGCGAGUACCUGUACAUGUCUCCGGUGGACACCCUGGUGUCCCUCACCCCCCCAGAAUACAUCCUCAGCCCUUCGGGAGACCCCCACCUCCAGCACAGACAGCCUUAUACGUACAGCUCCCUACCGAGGUCCCUCAAAGGGCCGCUGCAGCUCGCCGGGUCCACCGACACGGACCAGUACGUGUUGAUGAGUUUACCGAGACAGCGGAUAGAGGAGGAGUCCAACUACUGCCCCCUGUCUCCGGGGGAGUCCGUGACCGGCAGCUCCCCAGGGACACCGGGGACGCCGUCCUCGGUGCUGUCUCCUCUCAGACUGGCCCGGGUGGACGGGGGUCUGGUGCAUCGCAGCCGGGUGUGUCGGCCCACCCGCCUGGCGCUGGAGUCGCUCCGAACGCUACCUUGCAUGAGCGAACACCCCCUUCCCUCGGAGCCGCGGAGCCCCGGGGAGUACAUCAACAUAGAUUUCAGCAGCGCUGCCCUCACCCCGGCGUCCACGGUGUCCGAGAGCCCAGAGUCCUCGGGGAGCCUAACGGGCACGGAGAGGGGGUCCCUGUCCCUCUCGGACUACGCUAACGUUGACGUUGGCCAAGCCGGGGGUUCCCCCCCAGCACCUGAGGUUUUGGCGAGUGCCCAGCAGGACUCGCAGAGGGCGGAGGUGGCGGAGGAGGAGAAGAGAAAAGAGGGACCAAAGGAAGAGAGGGGGGUCCUCGAGGACUAUCCCCUCCAAAACCAGGGGACCGCAGCGUGCCAGGCUGCUCCGGUCAAAGAUGAUUACGCUGAAAUGACCUUCGGUCCUCCGGCGCCGUUACCGGUCCUUUGCACCACCGACGCCAGCCCCCUCCCCACCAGCCCCACAGCUUGCAUGAAGAGACUCAAUCUCGAGAGCAGCAUAGUGGACGUGGGUCCCCCCGCGCCGCAGGACUCCUUCCUUCUGGGGGGUCCCUCGCUAUCGCUCGCGGUCAAGGAUCCCCACAGAGGGGCCAAAGUCAUCCGCGCCGACCCUCAAGGGCGUCGGCGCCACAGCUCCGAGACCUUCUCCUCCACCACCACCGUCACGCCCGUGUGCCCGUCGUUCGCCCACGACACCAAGCGGCACAGCUCCGCCUCCGUGGAAAACGUGUCCCACACCGUACGUGGCUCCGAGGGGCCCAGCGAGGAAAACGGCAGUCCCAUGUGCCGGGAGACGUCGGCCGGUUAUCAGAACGGACUUAACUACAUUGCCUUAAACCUCAUGGAGGGGAACCUUGGGGGGUGCCGGUUGGGGGGCUGCGACGAACUCUUGAGGUUCAAGCCGGCGUGCGGCUGCAAGGGGGGACUGAAUGGCUUCAACACCAGCCCCUACGCCAGCAUGGGGUUCAAGGAGACUACUGCUGCUGCUGUGAAAGAAUGAAGCCUCGUGGGUCUUCCCUUCAUCCCUCCUCCCACCCUCGUCCUCCUCUUCCUCCUUUCCUGCGAACUUCACUGCAGCCAGAUGACGAGGUCGCCGCGGCGACAGCUGGACUCCCCGUGUCCCCUGACCUCUCCGCUGUCUCCGGGGGUUGUAGGGGAUGGCCGUCGCCAUAGAAACAAGGACACUUGACCCCCCCCCUUUGCCCCAUAUCUUCCCCUCCCUUUUUUUUUUUCUUUUCUCGGCACCCGAACACUCAGGUGCCGUUGCUGCUGUAGGACUAGAUUUCAAAAAAAAAAACGACAACAAAAAAUGACUCUUAGCUGUAACACUCGAGGUGGUCACCAUGCCUUUCGAAUACUUUUUGCAGUAUCGUUGUUAAAGUUUCUACAAUUUCAAAAAAGCAGGUUUGUGGCUUCAUCCAGCUGCUGCCAGAUGUUUGACCCUGAGAACCUGUGAACCAAACCCAGAGAGCAUGCGCACUCUUGUACAUGCAAAAAAAAACCUUUACUGCAUACCGAUUACAUGUAUUUAUUUAUUUUCCAUGUGUGUGUGCAUUUCAUGCGAUGCGUGCGAGGACCCGUAUCCGAGGUCGUGCUGCGACGAGAGAGACGGCAUUUAUUAACAUAUUUAAGAAUCAAAAGGUAACAUUUGCUUAAAAAAAGACGUAAGAAAACGAAAGAAACCCUACCUCAGCGCCGAGUCAGACAGUAGAAAUAUAUAUAAAUAUUUAUUUUCAGAGGUGAAUGUUGUUCUUCUUUCCUUUAAAAAUCAUCAAUCCAAAGCCUUACUCUGACCGUCAGCCUCCACCUGACGGGCCCUCGUAGUUUGGACCUUUUUACAAACGCAGUAUCAAAGAUUUACCCGACCACGGUAAAGACUGAAUGUUCACCAGAACUCCCCGAGAUUACGUCGCGUUCUCCCCAAAUGUCCCGCAAGAUUAUGUAUUCAAAGCCCAGAGUAAUAUAUUUAUGUACACGACUCAGAACGAUGCCGACGGUACCUUAGAGGGGGGGGCGGGGCGGGUUUGGGCAACGUCGCAUUGCGCCAAAAAAUGCACACAGCUGUCACGAAUCCACGCGGUUCAGCAGAACCGGGUCCGGUUGGACCCGGAGCCAAAUCUCAGUUUUAGGACAGUUAUCAUCGUACCGGAUUUCCUCAGCCGGCAGGACGCCACGACCUGCCGGGACAAGCGACGGGAACAUGAAUGUGUUGAAGUUAUUUUUAUACAGAGUAACUGGACCGCCCAGUGUGUGUUUUUGUGUGUGUUUUUUUGUUUUUGUUUGUUUUUUCAAUGGCCCGCAGAGCUCCGGCGCCGUGCAACGCGGCGCGGGCCGCAGGGCCGAGCUCUGGCGGCGCAGGGCCCAGUCUGACUGGCCGUUCAGCGAGCCCCCCCCCACCCCCCCAGCUCCAAUGGAGGGUUUGCAUUGACGUCACUUCCCCACUGGACCAGCCCCCUUACUCGCACUGAGUGGCAAAAACAGCUGCAACUAGUGGAGAAGACGGGAUAACAGCCGAUUAUCGGCUUAAAUUAAAGGCAGUUGGACUUGACAGUGGGAACCAGUGGUCCAUGGUCAUUAAUAUUUGGCCACAAAUCGAGUUUCCUGAUAUUUAUAUACUUAAUUUCUACGCCGGGGAAAUACACGAAGCAAAGCUUGAAGGCUUACAAAAGUCUUGAUGCUUGGUCCUACUUCAAGGCAGGAUUUGUUGGUGAAAUUAAAGUGAUGAGGACACCGAACUUUAUGAUUUGACCGUUUAACGUUAGCUACCCAAAAAUCCAACAUUACCUGAUACAAAAUGGGAACCGCAAAUCCACGUUUCGGUGUCUGGAAUCCAGUUGUUUCUGCAAAUUGCAGCGAUCCAUUUGUCUCUCUUAAGCGUAUUUUUCAGCAGUCUGUAAAAGGAUAACUCCGAUUUCUUGCUAAAUCUCUGAGUUCAGUCGAUCGCACAACAGCUCUUUCACAUUUUAGAUGUUUUCCAGUUGCUCAAACUGAAAGUCUACGCUGCCACUCAGUCUUUCUGCCACUCUGACACUCAGUCUUUCUGCCACUCAGUCUUUCUGCCACUCAGUCUUUCUGCCACUCAGUGGGCAUAACCCGCUGUGAAGUCGUAUCUGUGACGUCAUGCGCAUUCCCUCUAUAAUCGGCCUUCGCCGCGCGGUCUUGCAUUUCCAAACGUUCUGGAUUGUAACACGAGACAUGUUGAAUGUAGUACGCGGAGCGUCCCGAGCUAGCUAGCUCGCUAGCUCGCUUCGGGGGGGGCGCGCGGCCUCACAAAACACGACAGCUCAAACAUCCAGAGGUACCGAACGGGAACCACGACACUCACACACAAGCCGAGUAAAACAAAACCAACUGGGGGAAGUAUCUUCUAAUUUAUCUCAACUCACUUAAGGUACUUUCACCUUUUUGCCUAAAUACUGUAAAUAACGCGGAGAAUUUCACCGCGGGAACCGCUGAGAAGCCCUGCGAGGUGUUAAGUUAAAUAACUUAUGUUUGUAUUGUACAUACUACGUGUUUGAGUGAACUUUCUGAUACAACAAAAGCACUAAUUAAGUUAUACGCCAACCGCUACGGUUCGGCUCUGAUUUCCUUUCUAAAUGUCUUGGGAUAGUCUCGCAAAAAAAACAAAAAAAAAAAAAACGGAUGCCACUACGAGGACGUUUUCUAAUGCUGUAAUUCUGAAAAAAUUAAAUAAAUAAAAUUAAAUUAAAAAAAAAAUUUCAAAAAAAGAUUUUCAAGAAAUCAUUAAUACUUGACAAAUUUACUUCUUGAUACUUAGGUACAAAGAAAAAAAAGGUAUAUAUGCAAUAUUUACACCUUUUUGAGAAUUAGUUUACAAAUACAUACCAAAUGUAGAAAUACUGUUAAUAAUGUUUGUUACAACCGUAAAAUCAGAUUUUUUGCUGUUUGUACAUUUAUUUCUCCAGUUUUGAAAUGGAAAUCUUUUUCUGCUUGUUUUUUGCUAAUGGAGCCUCUCGGUGUUUUGAGCAGUGUUUUUUGCAUUUGGAUAAUGUUUUCCAGUUUCUAAUUCAGCAUCUAAUGGUUUCGACUUGAGCUGUGGCUUACCUUGCUGUGUCUUGUCAUUGUACAUAGUUCAUAUCAUGCACAUCGUGACGCUUCUGAGAAAGGAUAAUUUAAACUUAGCCCAUUGCUUUAGGUUGUGUUGAUUCUCCAUAGACACAUGCAAUAAAUGACGACGUUUA